GCGGGGAGGGCAGGGGGAGGGGAGGGGCGCCCUGGAGGCAGGAGCGGCCGGGACUGUCCCGGGCCGCUCCCAGGGUCCUCGGGUCCCCGCGCAGCCCAGCCACUCCGUGGCCGUCCCUCGGGAGCGCCCCGACGGCCACCGUGGAGAACCGCCGCGGGGCCGCUGCCGAAAGGGGGUCGCGGUGGACGUGCGCGGCGGAGCCUUGAAGGAGGCUGCGGCCUGCUGCCCGCCGGUCCGUCCGUCCGCCCGCCGCGCGGCCCUGCUCCAGCGCGUGGCGGGGCCGGGACCCCGCCGUGUCGCCUCUUCGUCAGCGCCUCUGGCCAGCCUGAGAGGAAUCUCCUCAGACGGAGAACCGGGCGUCCCUGCGUUAGAGGGCGUCACCAGACAGGGCGUCCGGUCGCCUUUCAAAACUCGCGUGUCUCCCGUGUGCGCCCGCGUGUCGAGCCGCCAUGCUUACGGAGUAGCUGCACGUCGCUCAGACAGACUGGUCACUCGUCACGUUGGCGCCGCAGUGCAUGUGUGUGUGACCAAGCGCACCUCCUAACUGGUGACAGGGGAAUUUACAAAGAGAGAAUGUGCCUAUGAAUUUUAGAUUUUAAUGCUGGGCAAGGAGUCCCUUACUCACCCUGCCGUUGCCACGGACGAAUGAUGUAAUUUUGGAGGCGUCGCUAAUCUCUGGAUACGUUUGCUCAGUUUUAAAUGAAGUUGGGCUCCGCGCUUGAAAACGGUUUCGGAUGCUGAAGUGUAAUGCCACCGCAGGCCUUACGAGGGGCCCGCGUUUAAAAGCGCUUGACGUGAAGCGCAGCGGCUGACAGGGCAGCACAGCCGGCUGUGCCCGCUCGGCGGUUUUCGGGGUGACGUGAACGCUGUGCCGCCAGGCUGUAGGCAUUUUGAAAGCAGACGUUUCUGAAACUGAAAUUCCUCCUACCGCUUCUCCAGCCUAGACUGUCCUGAUGAAACACUGGAGGGAAACGUCCUUCGUGCCCCUCUUGGUGCCAGAAUUGAAGAGGAACGGGGUUACCGUAGAAACGGUCGCCUCGCUCUAAGGGACCUUGGCGACCUCAGAGACUCCCUUCCGCUGUGCUUGCGGCCCUCCUUCUGCGCUCACUGCGUAGCAAGCGCAUUCCCGGGGACUGAUUGAAUGCAGGUGUGGGUCCUGAGAGACGUAACUUGGGAGUAAUCCCUUUCCCGUCUUGCAGACAGGCCCUCGGUGCGGCUCCCUAGGUUACUUCCACAGCUUGCUGUUCCUUCCCACCCCUGUGUAUUUUGAACUCUUGUCUUCAUAAGAUGUACCCUCGUCUGAAAACUGAAAGGGCCAAUUCCAAACUCUUCCACCAGCUUUGAAGGGAAUUGCAUCAAGCAUAACUGUUUACAGAGUAUCUUCUGUGUGGAAGGGCCUAUUUUAUUUUAUUUUUAUUUUUUAAGAUUUUUUUUUUAUGUGGACUAUUUUUAAAGUCUUUAUUGAAUUUGUUACAUUAUUGCUUCUGUGUUAUGUUUUGGUUUUUUGGCCGGGAGGCAUGUGGGAUCUUAGCUCACCAACCAGGCAUGGAACCUGCACCCCCUGCCAUUGGAGGGUGAAGUCCUAAUCACUGGCCCGCCAGGAAAGUCCCUGGAAGGACCUACAUUAGAUACUUUACUAAGUAGAAGAAUCAAAGGACUGGGAUAUGAAAUGAUGAUAUAAUUUGAUAUAACCGAGCAACCGCUUCUCCUGAGUCAGCAUGUUAAAAAAUAAGGGUCAUUCAUCUAAACAAGAUAACUUGGCAGUCACUGCAGUGGCUUUACAAGAUCACAUUUUACAUGAUCUUCAACUUCGAAAUCUUUCAAUAGCAGAUCAUUCUAAGACAAAGGUACAAAAGACGGAGAACAGAUCCAAAUCUCUAAAAAGAAAUACGAAAGCAAUAGUAGAUACUGGACUUAAAAAAACCACACAAGGUCCUAAAGUGGAAGAUCCAGAAAAAGAAUACGUUCUUGAUCCAAAACCACCACCAUUAACUUUAGCACAGAGGUUGGGCCUCUUUGAACCUCCCCCAUUGCCACUGUCAUCAGAUGAAUGGGAGAAAGUGAAGCAAAGAUCCAUCCAGCAAGGGGACUCCAUGCACCCCUGCCCAAUAUGCAAAGAAGAAUUUGAACUUCGUCCACAGGUGCUGCUCUCUUGCUCCCACGUGUUCCACAGGGCGUGCCUGCAGGCGUUUGAAACGUUCACGGGUAAGAAGACCUGCCCCCUCUGCAGAAAGAGCCAGUACCAAACCCGCGUCAUUCACGACGCGGCCCGGCUCUUCCGAGCCAAGUGCGCGGCCAGGAUCCAGGCCGCCUGGAGGGGGCACGUGGUCCGCACGUGGUACCGGGAGCUGCGCCGGACGCUGCCGCCCGCCGACGCCCGGCUGCGGAGGACGUUCUUUGAGGCGAAGUUCACAGAGCUGAGCCACCGCCUGCUGUGCUCCUACCACACGGACCUAGACGAGCUCUUCUCGGAGAUCGACCGCUGCCUGGCCGCCAACCGCAGGGUCCUGCAGCAGCUGGAGGGCGCGUGCGGCCGCGCGCUCAGCGAGGAGGACUGGGGCCGCAUCCGCACGCAGGCCCUGCACCGGGAGGCCCCCGAGUGCCCCAUCUGCCUCACCGCGCUCUCCGUCGGCGGCCAGGCUCGCCCGGGCCCCGCGUCGCGGGAGACGGUCCUCCUGUCCUGCUCGCACGUGUUUCACCACACCUGUCUCCUUGCUCUGGAGGAGUUCUCCUUGGGGGACAGCUCCCCGCUCCACGCGUGUCCUCUCUGCCGCUCUUGCUAUCAAAAGAAAAUUCUUGAAUGUUGAGUUCACCGUCAGGAAAACAAUUACAUAAUUCGGGGGGAAAGCUUUACCUUAAUUUUGGUAGCUGUACUUAGGAAAGCUAACGAUAUGUUAAAAGCUGACAACCCAUCCAAUUUUAGUCUUUAGGAAAACUUCAGAUUCAUGGGUUUACUCAGUUGAAGUAAGUGAGGAAUGGAUUAAAAACUUCCGUCUCAGAGGGUCUGUGACGUGCUGACUUGCUCUGCUUCUAGUCGGCCAGCUGGGAUUGCGCCUAACAGUAAAAGGACUCCCUUCUCGCACGGUCGUGUGACUCACUGGCCCGUUUCCACAGCGGUUCUGCUUGGCGAGGUGGUAAUACGCUUGCAGGCCUGGCCCCGUGCCUGGCUGCUGUUUCCCUACAGCUUGUGUCCCCACUGGUUACCUAAACACCCUGUAAAGGAAGUGUCUACAGGUCCUCUGUUCCUCAUCCUUGUUUUGUAGUAAUUGCUUUAUUUCUAUGGGAUACAUUACUGUUGUACUUCAGCACUUUGAAUAUGUAAACCCAAGAUAUAAAAAUAAAAUAUUCAGUGGUU